AUGGUUCGCGCCAAUGGGCCUAGCAACAAGAUCUUCUACAAGGGUGCCUCUGAGGACUUCAUCGUCUUCGUUGAUGAUUACCAAGCCCUGGAAAAGUGGCGUACCGACCGAUCGAUUCCCCUGUCCGACGUGCUGAACGGUUGGAAGAUCUUUGUCACCCACAGGCAUGGUUCUCAAGGCGUCCUUGACGGAGCCAGCAAGGGCACCCUUCAGAACGAAUUCGGUACCAGUAAUGAAGAUCAAUGCAUUAUCAAAAUCCUGGAAAAAGGUGACUACCAGACAUAUAGUCAAAAGCCACAUCAGGGAGAUACGAACAUUAUGAAUGGCCCCGCUAUGCUUACACAUUGA